GCCGUUGUUCCAUUGAGAGAACCUCAACAUGGCAUCCGACGGACCACCGGGCACCGAGUCGCUCCCGUCAGAUUUAGGGAGUGCUAUCGCGUCUUUGAACGCAUGGAGCAACCCGGAGCUUCAGGCCAAGCUUGCGGAGUUGGGGGCGCCUACACUGGGUCCCAGAGAGGAGCUGAUUGACAGGCUGAAAGGCUACAUGAUGCAGACUGGGAUUCUCCUCAGCAAGCCAAAUGAUGACAAGUCAAUGGGCUCCCAGAUGCAAGGUAUCCCUCCUAUUCCCCCGAUGCCCAUGCCACCUAUGCCUCCUGGUAUGGGUAUGCUCCAGGCUAUGAGCAUGAUGCCCGGAGGACCCCCUCCACCUGGCAUACACAUGGGCAUGGAGCACCCAGGUUUACCCCCUCCCGGCCUCUCGCAGGACGAUCAGCUGAAGAUGGCUCAGCAGAGAGCCGCCAUGGUGUUACAGCAAGAGGAGAGGGCCAAGCAGGGGGAUACCCGUGUCAUGGAUGAACAGGAUCUUCUGGAGCAACAGAAAAGGGCUGCAGUACUGCUGGAACAGGAGCGUCAGCAGGAAAUUGCCAAGCUGCAGCCCAGAGCCAUGCCCCCUGUCAGCGUAGUGAGAGGUUUGGAUCCUCGUGGACCUCUGCCUCCUGGUGUCACCAUGUUACCAACCCAGAAACAGAGAGUUCCACCUCCUCCAGGAGAGGAUAACAGAGAAACCUGGCAGAGUGAGGAGGUGGGUGUCAGCGGACCCAAGAUCCCACAGGCUCUGGAGAAGAUCCUCCAGCUGAAGGAGAUCAGACAGGAGCAGCUCACUGAUCCUGCAGAAGAAGGGGACGAAGACGAUGAUGAGGGAGCAGAGAUGGACAUGAAUAAUUCCUCUGCACCGGUCAUGUCUGAGACGGAAGAUGAUGAUGGCCAGAUGUCUAAAAAAGAUAAAAACCGCCGACGCAGGAAUCGCAAGAAGAAGAGCAAGAAGAAGCGAGCGCAGGAAAAGAAGGAGCAGGCAGAGCAGCAGCAGCAGCAGAAGAAGGAGGGUGGCGAGAAAGAAAAAGAUCCAGAGGUGGAGAUUGAGUACGUCACAGAUGAGCCGGAGAUUUACGACCCCAACUACAUCUUCUUCAAGAGGAUUUUUGAGGCAUUUAAGCUGACUGAUGAUGUGAAGAAAGAAAAGGAAAAGGAGCCUGAGAAGGCAGAAAAGCAGGAGACAGCUGUGCUUCGGAAAAAGGGAUUUGAGGAGGAGAAGAAAGACAGUGACGAUAGUGAUGAGGAGGUCAGACCAGAUGCACCUAAACUGUCCAAGAAGAAGCUGAGGAGGAUGAACAGACUGACUGUGGCUGAACUCAAACAGCUGGUGGCUCGUCCAGAUGUGGUGGAGAUGCAUGAUGUGACAGCCCAAGAGCCCAAGCUGCUGGUCCACUUAAAGGCCACCAGAAACACGGUGCCGGUGCCCCGACACUGGUGCUUCAAAAGAAAAUAUCUGCAGGGAAAGAGAGGUAUAGAGAAGCCUCCGUUUGAGCUGCCUGAGUUCAUCAAGAGGACAGGAAUCCAGGAGAUGAGGGAGGCUCUGCAGGAGAAGGAAGAUGCCAAAACUAUGAAAACCAAAAUGAGAGAGAAGGUUCGUCCCAAGAUGGGAAAGAUUGAUAUCGACUACCAGAAGCUUCACGAUGCCUUCUUCAAAUGGCAAAUCAAACCCAAACUCACUAUUCAUGGAGACCUUUACUACGAGGGUAAAGAGUUUGAAACUCGCCUAAAGGAGAAAAAGCCAGGGGAUCUGUCUGAUGAGCUGCGUAUUGCUUUGGGCAUGCCAGUUGGACCUAACGCCCACAAGGUGCCGCCUCCCUGGUUGAUAGCCAUGCAGAGGUACGGCCCCCCUCCCUCCUACCCCAACCUCAAGAUCCCCGGACUCAACUCUCCCAUCCCAGAGAAUUGUACUUUUGGUUAUCACGCUGGAGGCUGGGGGAAGCCGCCAGUAGAUGAGAUGGGCAAACCCCUUUAUGGUGACGUGUUUGGGACCAACGCUGCAGACUUCCAGGCUAAAGCGGAGGAGGAAGAGGUGGACCACACACCAUGGGGAGAGCUGGAGCCUUCAGACGAGGAAUCGUCAGAGGAAGAGGAGGAGGAGGAGAGCGAUGAGGAGAAGCCAGACGAAACAGGAUUCUUCACACCAGCAGACAGUGGUCUGAUCACCCCUGGAGGCUUCUCAUCAGUACCCGCCGGCAUGGAGACCCCAGAACUGAUUGAGCUGAGGAAGAAGAAGAUCGAGGAGGCCAUGGAUGGAAAUGAGACACCACAGCUGUUCACUGUUCUCCCGGAAAGACGAACUGGCCCCGUAGGACAAGCCAUGAUGGCCUCAACACACAUUUACGACAUGUCAGGGGCCAUGGCGGGGCGUAAGGCGGGUGGAGGGCAGGAGUCACAGGGUGUGGAGGUGGCUCUGGCCCCUGAGGAGUUGGAGCUGGACCCUAUGGCCAUGACGCAGAAAUAUGAGGAGCAUGUCAGAGAGCAGCAGGCCCAGGUGGAGAAGGAGGACUUCAGUGACAUGGUGGCUGAACAUGCCGCCAAACAGAAGCAAAAAAAGAGGAAGGCCCAGCCACAGGACACGCGAGGCGGCGCCAAGAAAUACAAAGAGUUCAAGUUCUAGAGGAGAAACGUCGAGGCAGAGCGCAGCAAGAGAGGUAACAGGAAAUGAAAGAGGAAGACGCAAACUCGGAUUUCAGUUUCAGCGGAUGCAGACUGCAGCAUCAAUCAUCUGUUAGACCAGUAACAGUAAAUACACACUUUGUUCCUUUUUAAAACUAAAUCGACAGUGUUGUCCUGAUGCAUCUUAUGUCAUCAGUGUCAGAAGAAUGGUGAUGUGUGUCCUCCGUUUAACUCUACUUUUUAGGUCUUGGUUAUUUUUUCAUUGUAGCCAUGUUUUUGUUCUGUUUUUUUGUAAAUAAAUCAAGUGAUGACAGAUCACAGCUGUA